UUCAUCGAUCCCGACGCGACCGCGCUGCCGUCAGCUGGCGUCUGGCGGGGCCUGAAGAUCCCAGCCGGCCACAACCUCUCGCUGAGCCAGGUGGACAUCGAGGCGGCCUUCUAUCGCAUCGGGGUGCCGCCUGGGCUGGACGAGAUGUUCGUUCUGCCCGCGGUGCCCGUGGACGCGUUGUUGGAGGCGCUGCCCGAGGUGGACAUCGGCUCUCGGCUGGAGGGCAAGGUCUCGCCCCUGCUCACCGUCCUUCCCAUGGGCUGGAGUUGGAGCUUGUACUUCUGCCGAGCGCUGGUGGUCUCGCAGGUCGUUGCGGCUGGCAUCAGCGCGAGCCGCAACAUGCAGGACAGGUGCGUGGUGCCUGACGUGAGCGAGACCGCGGGUGUCGCCGUGCACGUCGACGGCGUGGCCGCCAUCGGGUGCGACCCCGCGUCCGUGAGCUCGACGAUAGAGCAGAAGUUCACGGGCUUGAACUUCGAUGUCGAGACGGGCUGCAUCUCCGUGAGCAAGGGCCGCAUCUGGAGGCUGCGCCUGGCGUUGCUGGAGGUCGCCGAGCGCGGCUACUGCAGUGGCGGCGACAUGCUGUCGCUCCUCGGUCACUACACGUGGGCCGCCAUCCUGCGGUGCUGCUUGCUGAGCGUCUUCCACAGUGCCUACAGCUUCGCUCGGGCCGCAGGGCCUCGGCGAUGGCGUCUUUGGCCCGAGGUGGCCACUGAGUGCCGCGUGGCCGCAGCUCUCAUCGCCUUUGCCUACCUGGGCCCCGAGCUGGAGGUGGACCCCGUGGUGCUAACGGACGCCUCCACAUGUUCAGGAGACCUGGGGGGCGCGGGGUUUGGAGGCUACGCGGUGACGGAGAAGACCUGGACUCAGCACGACGUCUGGGCCGCGGCCUCUUGCAUGGAGCGUUGGCGGUGCAAGUUCGAGGGCGCCAUUGAGGCUCGGCGACGCGCCCUCCAAGCUGCGCGUGAUCUUGGACGAGCUGACGAUGCCAAGGAGCUGACGGGCGCGACAGGCCUUGUCGAGGACCCUGAGACGUCAGACGUGGUCAUGCCCUUCGAGAGCGAGGGGUCAACUCGGACGUCGAGUGUUGCCCAGCCUGCUCGGUGUGCGUCUACAUCGGUCGAGCGCCAGGUGAACUUCGAGGAGAUCGACCCGAGCUUCUUGCUGCCGCUGGACUCGUGGAAACUGAAGGCGUUCGGGCGCUGGCGGCGCCCUGGGGACAUCAUGCGUCUAGAGGGCCGUGCGCUGAUCAGUGGACCCUCCGUAGCCGUGCGCUGGUUCCCAAGUGGGCUUAACUCGGCGGACAAGGGGGGCCGCGCCAUCGGGCGACCGCUCAGCUCCCACGAAGGUGACUGCCGCCAUGCUGGCCAGCUCGGGGCCGACGAGGCGCGGGGCCUUGCUGCCUCGGCCCUCGCCCGCGCUUGCGGCGAGGCAGCCACCUGGCGGGAUGCGGGCGGCGCGCGCUUCCUCGGCGAUGUUGAGGAGCGCGAGCAGCCUGGGCGGGACCUCGCCGCCGAGAGCGCUGCCCAACCGAAUGGUGACCAGGAGGGCCCGCUGGGAGACGCCAGCGGGGUCGAGCACCGCCUCAGCCUCAGCUCUGACAGCUCCUCCAGCAGCGACGCGGACGUCGAGCCUGGGCUCACCUUCUUGCAGACCAACAAGGUCAAGCCGCCCAUGCGCACCGCCUUCCGAGAGCGAGUGCGGAACUUCCUAGAGUGGGCCAACGAAGGGGCUCUGGCGGAGAUCUCCACUCGGCGCCUCGACCAGCUGGCUGCCAACUACAUGGGCGUCCUGUUCUUCGACGGGAUGGAGGUCGGCGAGGGCUCAAGGCUGCUGGCGGCCCUGCAGUGCUUGCGACCCAGCGUGGGGACGGCUCGCCACGGCAACUUUCCUGUGGCUCGGGCAGCUGUGGCGGGGUUCCGCCGCCGCGCCCGAGGAGGGACUCGAGGCCCUCUGUGCCGGCCUUUUGUGCUGGCGGUGGUCGGGGUCAGCUUGCUGCUGGAGGACCUGGAGUUCGCGACGGCGCUGUGGUUGGCCUGGGACGGCAUGCUGCGCUUGCCGUCCGCCCUGGUGAGCAUGGCGCCCAAGACCUUGAUCGGGCCUGGCAGGGCGGGAAAGCCCACGUGGGCCCUUCUCCUGUGCCCCAGCGAGGAGGAGGCGAGGAGCAAGGUCAUGGGCGCCGACGAGGGCGUGAUCAUGCGCGAGGCUUGCUGGAGCUGCGGCGGCAGCGCGGCCCUGCGGCGCCUGCGAGGGGCUCGGGGCCCCAGCUGCCAGCUCUGGUCGUUCGACGGGGCUUGGUUCGCCAAGCGGUUCGAGGAGCGGCUGGCCGCGCUGCCCGAGGCGCCCGCGGCGGUCGCCUACCAGGUGCGCCACGGGGCCGCGAGUCACGCGGCGGCCGUGGACCAGCUCCCACUCAGCGGGAUCACCGAGCGGCCGCGGCACGGCAACCCGCACAGCAGCUUGCGCUACGCCAAGCACGUCCGCUACCUCUCCCUGCUGAACAGAGUGCCGCAGGCCGUGGUCGACUGGGGCGAGAUGAUCCACGCGCGGCUGGGCAGCCUGCUCGGCGGGGGCGACGUCUUGCAGGCUCCCGCCUUUCUGCCGCGGAGUGUGCUCGAUGCCUUGCGCGCCAGCUGCGCCAAG